AUGGAGAGCCUUGGAAGUCAGAAGACCAAGAAGUUUAGCUGUAAUCUGCACGUUCCCUGUCUCAAGAUUCUCCUCAGCAAAGGCCUGGGUCUGGGCAUUGUGGCUGGGUCUCUGCUGGUAAAACUGCCCCAGGUGUUCAAAAUUCUGAGAGCCAAGAGUGCCGAAGGGUUGAGCCUUCAGUCCGUGAUGUUAGAACUGGUGGCGUUGACAGGCACCAUGGUCUACAGCAUCACCAACAACUUCCCCUUCAGCUCUUGGGGUGAAGCCCUGUUCCUGAUGCUCCAGACAGCCACCAUCUGCUUCCUGGUCCUGCACUACAGAGGACAGACUGCGAAAGGUGUCACUUUCCUAGUGUGCUAUGCACUGGUCCUGCUGGUCCUGCUGUCACCACUGACGCCCCUGUCCGUGGUCACCCUGCUCCAGGCCUCCAACGUGCCUGCUGUAGUAGGGGGGAGGCUGCUCCAGGCAGCCACUAACUACCGGAACGGGCACACAGGCCAGCUCUCCGCUGUCACGGUCUUUCUGCUCUUUGGGGGCUCCUUGGCCAGAAUCUUCACCUCCGUUCAGGAGACCGGAGACCCCCUCAUGGCUGGAACCUUCGUGGUCUCUUCCCUCUGCAACGGCCUCAUUGCUUCCCAGCUCAUCUAUUACUGGAACGUCAAGGCCCCCAUCAAGAAGAAAAAGCAGUAGGGAUGAGCCGGCUACUGGAGUCCGCUCCACGUUUCCAUCCACCCACCAACCCUCAGGGUCG